CCCACCAUAUUACCACCCCCGCCCGCGGACACUAUGGCGGCGACGGGGGGAUAUGACGGCGCCUGGACGCGCCGCGCGCGCACCGUCGACGACUGGCUCGCUGGCCACAAGGUCGUCGUGUCCGCCACCACUGCAUCGAUUGUCUCCACCUUUGCGGGCUUCCCGCUUGACUCGCUCAAGUCGCGCCUCCAGAGUUCGCGCGAGAACCUCUCCAUGGCGCGCCUCGCCGCUGAGGUCGUCCGUGAAGAAGGCAUCGGCGGACUAUGGCGCGGCUUUCCAUUACCCCUCAUCACAAUUUCGAUCGUCCGCACCAUCUCUUUCACAAUCUAUACCAGCACCAAGCGCAUUCUCAACAGUACGGCCGACUCGCCUACCUCCAAUGAGGCGCCGUGGUUCGAUCUCCAUCUAGGCGUGCUGAACAAGAACCGCACCGCCGACGUUGCAUUGACAUCGCUCAUUGCGGGCGGCGCGUCAGGCGCAGUUGUGUGUCUCGGGAGCGCACCAUUCGAGCUCGUCAAGGUCCGCCGUCAGCUCGAGUAUCAGAUCUACCGUGACUCACAUCCCGAGCUCUUCGCCCCCUCUCCACCUCCCCAGAAAUCCGUCCCUCAACCACCCAAAGUGGUCCCUCUCACCCACACCACUCCCGCCGACGUCGCGGCCGAGGCGAUCGAGUGCACCGUUGCCUCCGCCAAGCCCCGGCCGCCCCCCACACCCCAGUUCGUCCCGCCCACAACACUGCAAGCCGUGCGCAUGAUCGUGCGCUCUUUGGGCCCAAUGGGCCUCUGGACCGGCUUCCCGCUCCACUUUGUACGCGACACUCUCGGCACAGCACUAUACUUUGCCGAGUACGACGUGAUGCGUUUCUGGCUCGGCGGCGGGAGAGGGGACGGCAAGCGCGAGGACAAGUUCGGCAGCACCACCACCCAAGCCGACCUGCCGGCGUGGGCGCGCGGAUGGCUGCCUGCGCAACUCGUGCCGUUCCUCUGCGGCUCGCUGGCGGGCGUCACGUCUUGGGCGCUCAUCUAUCCCGUGGACGCGAUCAAGACCAAGGCGCAGCAGCGCGCACUCUCAGGCCUCGCGCCGCGGACGCCGUACACUCAGCUUCGCCGCCUUGUGCGUGGGACAGACGGCACCAAACCCUGGCUCUCCGGCAUCGGGCGGUUAUACCGAGGACUCGGAGUGUCCAUGGUGCGCUCUAUGCUCACACACGGUCUCCUCUGGACCCUCGUCGACUGGACGAGCGGAUACAUUGACGGGCGGCCCGUUGAGCGCCUCGCCGAGCGGCUAGCGUAGCUUCGAAGCCACAGGCUUCUCGUACCCUCGCGCCUCACGUCGGCGCUUCCACAAGCACUCCUAGAUCUAGCCACACCUACAAUGUCAGACCAUGCAUACGCCACCUGGGCUCUACAGCAUGCUGGAUGCAGGGUAUAUACCAAGAAUGUGGUGUG